CAGGAUGAAUCGGUACCUCAGAAAAACUAAGUACGCGGAUGUACACAUAAAUUUUCAAGGAACAGACUUUAAAGCAGGAAAGCAUCUAUAAAAACGCUGUUAAUUCAGUUCGCGUUUUUUGUUUACGGAAACUACAGUCCUUAAUUUGUUCAGCCAUGGAAGUGUUUUAAGUCUAUCAGUUUUUAUGCAUAAUCUUAGGUACAUAUGAGCUCCAGGAAGUGGGGCAUUUACGGAUGCGGUUUCCCUUCGUACUUAUUAUUGCAUUGGUUGACCGUGAGGCUGCUGAGCUGUUUGUUAUAUACUGCACUGAAAGUACUCUGGAUCAAGGAUAUCUUAAUAAUCUUCUCCUUCUGACUUUUACUGAGGAACCAAUCUGCUUUAUUAAAACAAGAAUAUUAUAAUGCGUGGAUGUGCGGGAAAGGGACCCGACUGGAUGUCCGUCCUCGAUUAGGGUUCAUGCAGAGUUGUUCGACCCAAGAAUCUGGGAUUCCAAAUAUAAACUUCAUAUGCUAAUUUUUGCAAUCCUUGCAGCGAAAUCAGCAUUUAUGAUUUACCGCAUCUGUUUUGGUUUGGCCAAUCCAUUUUCCCUCUGAAGUUUAAUAGGAGUAUCCUCAGUGGCAUUUCAAUGGUCAUAUAACUGUUAUUAAUCACGAUCAACUGCGUUUGCAGUAAAAUGCCGACACACUGCUGAACCAUCCCAAGCUGCCGGAUGUUUUUUUGGGAUAUUUAAUUUGGAAAUUUUUUUGCCAUGUACAUUGUAUUCUGAAAAGGGAUAAAUGUUUCAUACGCUAUUACUGGAUGGUACCAUGCUUCGUAUAAAAACAGAAUAUGAUUACUUCGCGUACACAUUGUCGCAAAGUAAUGAAGAAGUAAUAUUUUUAAUUUAUCUGCAUGAAGAUGUUUUAUGAGUGGCUUCGGACUGUUGUGCUGAUCUUAUCGAUACUACCGCCAACGUGAACGAAUUCCAUUUCUUGACGAUCUCAUUUAAAGUGCACCAUGAGAUUUCCGGACUGCAGAGAAGUAAUUAUUAUGACAAUGGGAGUGGAAAUGGGAUUAUUUCUGUCUGUCGUGUCAUCAUCUCCUGCAAAUCCGGCAGCAGAUGGGAAUGAUGGGAGAAUGCCUGUCAACCAAACAUAUUACACGUCUAUACAGACCAACGGAAGCCGAUCACCGGAGGAAGUCAAACACAAUCAAAAUGUUGUUGUGGCUAUCCAUCCUCCCUUUUCCCACGCGAAUUUGCGAAGUGACCAAAAUCUUGUAGAAAUGAAGACACCGGAAGGGAACACAAAGUAUAACACCGAACACGACGGUCUGGAGCGCCUGAAAGUGCCGGUAUUCUGUGCGGCGAUUGCCACCUUUAUAUUCGGAGUGAUACUUUUCGUGAGGAAAGCACUGCACAUGGACAUUAAAUCCGAAGCAUACUAUCAAGAUAAUGGUCAGGAAUCUCAGGAUAACGAAAACGUGCUCGUUAAUGGCGACGACGUGAUGUACAUUUACGACGAGCAUGAUCCCGAGUACUCAGACAGUUGCGGCGUUCAUGUCGGUUACGAAAGCACCGAGUUCAGAUGUGCCGAAAUUCCUUUGGAAUUAACCGAAGAAGACACCGAACAUGGCCACUGCGGAGUGUGAUUCUUUUCAAUUCCCAAAGCACGAGACUUAAAAUAUAUGUUUAUAUUCUAAAUUAUGCCCAUGCUGGCAUUUGCGUUAGUCGAAAAUCUGUCUUCAUCCUUCGUACUACUUCAGUUUCUGCAGAUGAUGGUUGUAUAUCAUGCCUGCGCUAUAAAAGCUGAUUCUACCACUAAUUAACUGUGCACGAUUUUUCUUACAUAAUAUAUGCAAGCGCUGCACGGUACUAUUUGGACACAACCUAAAUGGACGGUA